UCAUACACAAGAGCGAGGGAUCAGUGCCGGAGGACAAAAGAGAAAAAUGCAGUCAAGAUGAGACACGAUCGCCUUUAGACUACAGAUCAACAUGUUUUCGCAGAUCUCCGCUACUGAUAUUGUUCUUUUCCUGAAACUGUUUUUGUAUACAAGGUUUUAAGGCGCGACUUGUAUUAUUAUUAUUAUUAUUAUUAUUAAAAUUAUAACUAUUGAACUCUGCAUAUUGUAUUUCCAGCCUUGGGGCUUUUUCACAGAGUUUUCACUUUUGGACAAACCAGGACGAUUUUCAGGAGUUUUAAUUCCAAGUUUUGGAAUUAUCUGACUCAGGAAAAUCAGAAGAGGAAAGGGUGCUUUAGGUUAGGGCACAGGGUGCUGGUGUGAGUUACAGAGCUAGUUACUGUGUGUUUGUGGAGACUCGGGAUGGUCAGUUGGUCAGUGCUUUGGCUGGUGCUCACUGCUCUGGGUGUGAGCAGUGACAGAGAAGUCCGACCAGAGGUAUGGCUACAGCAGUAUGGGUACCUUCCUCCCGGUGAUGUGCGUGCUCAGGCUAUCCGCUCCCCUAAGGCCAUCGCCUCUGCUAUCUCUGCCAUGCAGAAGUUCUAUAGUCUCACCAUCACAGGAAAGAUGGACCCUGAAACACUCGAAGCGAUGCAGAAACCACGCUGUGGGGUUCCAGAUAAAUUUGGCACUGAACAGAAGAGCAACCUGAGGAGGAGACGCUAUGUCAUUCAGGGUCAGAAGUGGAACAAGGCAGAGGUCACAUUCAGCAUCCAGAACUACACUCCUAAAGUGGGUGAAUAUGCUACAUAUGAGGCCAUCCGGAAGGCCUUCAAGGUUUGGGAGUCAGUCACACCACUGAAGUUCCGGGAAAUUCCAUACUACCAGAUCAGAGAAAGGCCUGAAAGGUUCGCUGACAUCAUGCUUUUCUUCGCUGAUGGUUACCAUGAUGACAGCACGCCAUUUGAUGGGGAAGGAGGCUUCCUGGCUCAUGCAUACUUUCCAGGUCCAGGGAUCGGAGGUGACACACACUUUGAUGCAGCAGAGCCUUGGACAACUGGCAAUGUGGACCAAGGAGGGAAUGAUGUUUUCCUGGUCGCAGUGCAUGAGCUGGGUCAUGCACUGGGUUUAGAACAUUCUGGGGAUCCUUCUGCCAUCAUGGCCCCAUUCUAUCAGUGGGUGGAGACUGAGAAUUUUGUGCUUCCUGAAGAUGACAGACAUGGAAUACAGCAGAUUUACGGUUCUCGGUCAGGAGAGGUGCCGACCCCCCCUCCUCCACAGCCCACACGCAGAUCUGACCGACCUUCAGGUAGGCCUGAUAUCUGCAAAGGCCACUUUGACACUAUCACCAUCCUGCGGGGAGAGAUGUUUGUCUUUAAGGAAAAGUGGUUCUGGCGAAUGCGUGAUAGUAAACCUCUGCAAGGUUACCCCAUGCUUAUUUCACACUUCUGGAAAGGCCUGCCGCAGUCUAUCAAUGCUGCCUACGAGCGUGCAGAUGGAAAAUUUGUCUUCUUUAAAGGUGAUAAGUACUGGGUGUUUAGCGAGGCCACUUUGGAUCAUGGAUAUCCUAAAACCUUUAAGGAACUGGGCACAGGCCUUCCGAAAGACAGAAUAGAUGCUGCUCUCUUCUACACCCCAAAUGGGAACACCUACUUUUUUAGAGGAAGCAAAUAUUACCGCUUCAAUGAGAACACGCGCUCUGUGGAAUCAGAUUACCCCAAACCCAUCAGUACGUGGAGUGGAGUUCCUGAUGAUAUCAAAGCAGCCAUUAUAAAGGAGGACAGAGCCUACACCUACUUCUACAAAGCCAACAAAUAUUGGAAGUUCAACAACAACCAGCUGAAGGUGGAGUCUGGCUACCCCAAGUCCGUCCUGACUGAUUGGAUGGGCUGUGAGCGUGAGGACUCGACAAAGCCAGACGGAACUGACGAGGAAGUCAUCAUCAUUGAAGUGAACAAGUCAGAUGGAUUUGCUGGAAGGGUGGCAGUCAUAGUGAGCCCUCUCUUACUGUUGGCCUGUGUGCUCAUAAUUCUGGGAGCGUUGCUGUUCUUCCAGCGCUACGGUACCCCACGACGCCUCCUCUACUGCCACCGCUCUCUAUUGGACAGGGUGUAAAGAUGAAGGGAUGGAAACUGAGAAGAGAUAGGGAUGUGGGGCAAUAGCAGGGGUGAAGAGAAAGGGUGUGGGGAGGGGGAUAAUGGUAGAAUGGAGAGGCUUUGCUCAGAUGGAGAUGAUAAGGACUUUGAGAUUGUUUACAGAACAGCAAGGAGGAAAAUAAUGGGAAGGAGGGAAGGAAGGAUGAAGAAGUGAAGCGACAGAAAAGGGAACAAUGCAUAUUGUUUUGGUAGUUAAUUGUACAUCUCUGCCAUAAUGAAGAGACCUAUCAAGGAGAGGGAGAUACAGAGAAAAAGAGGGAGCUCAUUAAAAAAAAACUUUUUAAAAUUGAAUACGUUGAAGAAAAGUAAAGCACUUUUUAUUGUAUUGGCCCUCCCUCUUCCUCUCUUGUCAUCUGUCUCUCCCAAAUCCAACGACUCCAGCCACAGUGCUGUAUGAUUAAUGCCUUUGUUUCUGCUUUCAUAAAUUUCCAUCUCACCUCUGGUUUUAGCUUUUAAAUUUAGCCACAAUUUUUUUAUUUCUCCCAAAACCCUUAUAUUAUCCUUAUAUUCCCUUCAGUGCUUUCAACCUCUCAGGUAACGUUUAUUACCUGCAUUUGGGAAAAUAAUCAAAUUAAUCUGUAUUUCUACAGACAUGCUUGUAUUUGGAUUAAAAAUAUUAACCCCUAGUGAAAGAUGCCUUCCAAACAUACAGUAUAUCUCAACAAUAGAGACUGCUGUAUUUGAAAGGGUAAAGGUGAAAGGUCAAAGUUCAGGGAGGAAGUGUGGCUCAGGCACCUAAAAGCACGCCGUUUUUUAUUUACAUCCAGAGAGAACAGCAGUCUUGCAGGUACAUCUCCAGAUAUUAAUUUUAUAAAGUGUUUGUUACCAUGUAUUGUUAUUAAUGUUAUUAAUGAUUGCGCUUGUUAUUAUUAUAACUAUGGUUAUUGUUAUUAUUGUUCUCCGUAUUUAGUCCUUUUUUUAAUUUUGUAGUCAUUUCAAGUCCUGCUGGACAGAGGCAGAAUGUGACUGAUAUUAAAAUGGCUCCCAAUUUUUUUUUAAAUAUUAAAAACAUCAGGUUGUUCUACAGGAAAUAAACAUACUUGUAUGAAAGAUUCGAAAUAAUGUUGAGGAAUUACAGAAAUUGCUGGAGAGAAGAUCAGAAAAAGACUUACAGACACCAGCCCUGUUGACAGGCCAAAGUUGCUGUGUGUUAUUUUUUGCAAUAAUGUUUAUGUGCCUUAAAAACCUCACUGGAUUUAUUGUAUUUGGAUGGUUCUUUGGAGAAAGCCUUGUUCUUUUGGGUGGAGCAAAAGUUCUCUGAGAGGAAUAAACCUAAUUAUGGAAAAAAAAAUAAUGGUGCUAUGUAUUUUCUUGAAUACACACAUCCACAUCAAAAUGUUUAAUUAAUGUAGUCUUAACAAUGAUAAUAAUAAUGAUAUUUAUAAUGAUGAUGAUUUACUGUAAAUGGAAGGGAAUGUGAUUCUUGCUUUUUUUCCUUUUUUUUGUAUUGCAGGAACAAAUAAUGAAAUAAAAGUAUUUUGUCAAAUGUU